CCGGUUUGAACGUGGAGCGGUGAGUGUGUGCUGGGUCCUGAUAGAUCUGUCAGUGCGAGCAAAACCUGCAUUUAUUGUAGGCAAACGUAACCAACGUCAUAUUUAUAUAUAAUAACUUUAUAAUAAAUAGUAACACUCCUGGGGGUGGGAUAUAGAGCGGAUUGUACCCAAUAGUACUAUUUAUUGAGAGGUGCAGGAACUUCUCCCAUUAAAGGACCCCUGUACUCUCGCCCAUGCCAGGUAUUAAAGGACCCCUGUACUCUCUCCCCUGCCAGGUAUUAAAGGACCCCUGUACUCUCUCCCCUGCCAGGUAUUAAAGGUCCCCUGUACUCUCUCCCAUGCCAGGUAUUAAAGGACCCCUGUACUCUCUCCCCUGCCAGGUAUUAAAGGACCCCUGUACUCUCUCCCCUGCCAGGUAUUAAAGGUCCCCUGUACUCUCUCCCCUGCCAGGUAUUAAAGGACCCCUGUACUCUCUCCCCUGCCAGGUAUUAAAGGACCCCUGUACUCUCUCCCAUGCCGGGUAUUAAAGGACCCCUGUACUCUCUCCCAUGCCAGGUAUUAUAGGACCCCUGUACUCUCUCCCCUGCCAGGUGUUAAAGGACCCCUGUACUCUCUCCCAUGCCGGGUAUUAAAGGACCCCUGUACUCUCUCCCAUGCCGGGUAUUAAAGGACCCCUGUACUCUCUCCCCUGCCAGGUAUUAAAGGACCCCUGUACUCUCUCCCCUGCCAGGUAUUAUAGGACCCCUGUACUCUCUCCCCUGCCAGGUGUUAAAGGACCCCUGUACUCUCUCCCAUGCCAGGUAUUAAAGGACCCCUGUACUCUCUCCCCUGCCAGGUAUUAAAGGACCCCUGUACUCUCUCCCAUGCCAGGUAUUAAAGGACCCCUGUACUCUCUCCCCUGCCAGGUAUUGAAGGACCCCUGUACUCUCUCCCCUGCCAGGUAUUAAAGGACCCCUGUACUCUCUCCCCUGCCAGGUAUUAAAGGACCCCUGUACUCUCUCCCCUGCCAGGUAUUAAAGGACCCCUGUACUCUCUCCCAUGCCAGGUAUUAAAGGACCCCUGUACUCUCUCCCUUGCCAGGUAUUAAAGGACCCCUGUACUCUCUCCCCUGCCAGGUAUUAAAGGACCCCUGUACUCUCUGCUCUGCCAGGUAUUAAAGGACCCCUGUACUUUCUUCUAUGCUAGGUAUUAAAGGACCCCAUGGUGCUCUCCUGUACUUGUUCCUGUGCCAGGUAGUAAAGGGUCCCAGUACGCUCCACUAUACGAAGUAUUAAAGGGUCCCAGUACUCUCCUGUACUCACUCAUAUGCCUGGUAUUAAAGGGUUUCAGUACUCUCCUGUACUCACUCAUAUGCCUGGUAUUAAAGGGUCCCAGUACUCUCCUGUACUCACUCAUAUGCCUGGUAUUAAAGGGUUUCAGUACUCUCCUGUACUCACUCAUAUGCCUGGUAUUAAAGGGUCCCAGUACUCUCCUGUACUCACUCAUAUGCCUGGUAUUAAAGGGUUUCAGUACUCUCCUGUACCCGCUCCUAUGCCUGGUAUUAAAGGGUUUCAGUACUCUCCUGUACCCGCUCCUAUGCCUGGUAUUAAAGGGUCCCAGUACUCUCCUGUACUCGCUCCUAUGGCUGCUAUUAAAGGGUUUCAGUACUCUCCUGUACCCGCUCCUAUGCCUGGUAUUAAAGGGUCCCAGUACUCUCCUGUACUCACUCCUAUGCCUGCUAUUAAAGGGUCCCUGUACUCUCCGCUCCUAUGCCUGGUAUUAAAGGGUUUCAGUACUCUCCUGUACUCGCUCCUAUGGCUGCUAUUAAAGGGUUUCAGUACUCUCCUGUACCCGCUCCUAUGCCUGCUAUUAAAGGGUCUCAGUACUCUCCUGUACUCGCUCCUAUGCCUGCUAUUAAAGGGUUUCAGUACUCUCCUGUACUCGCUCCUAUGCCUGGUAUUAAAGGGUCCCAGUACUCUCCUGUACUCGCUCCUAUGCCUGCUAUUAAAGGGGUUUCAGUACUCUCCUGUACUCGCUCCUAUGCCUGCUAUUAAAGGGUUUCAGUACUCAACUGUACCCGCUCCUAUGCCUGCUAUUAAAGGGUCCCAGUACUCUCCUGUACUCGCUCCUAUGCCUGGUAUUAAAGGGUCCCAGUACUCUCCUGUACUCGCUCCUAUGCCUGCUAUUAAAGGGUUUCAGUACUCUCCUGUACCCGCUCCUAUGCCUGGUAUUAAAGGGUCCCAGUACUCUCCUGUACUCGCUCCUAUGCCUGCUAUUAAAGGGUCCCAGUACUCUCCUGUACCCGCUCUUAUGCUUGGUAUUAAAGGGUUUCAGUACUCUCCUGUACUCGCUCCUAUGCCUGGUAUUAAAAGGUCCCAGUACUCUCCUGUACUCGCUCCUACGCCUGCUAUUAAAGGGUUUCAGUACUCUCCUGUACUAGCUCCUAUGCCCGCUAUUAAAGGGUUUCAGUACUCUCCUGUACUCGCUCCUAUGCCCGCUAUUAAAGGGUUUCAGUACUGUUCUGUGAUAAAUGUUAAAGGUUUUCGGGAAUCAAUACCAGCCAUGCUAAUUUUCACAAUUAAUUAUAUAUGCGUGGCAUCACAAGACGUAACCUUGCAUGUUGCAUGUUGAGUAAAGUUCAGUAAAGUGUCAAUUCAAGGUGAAUCCAAAGUGAAUUUCUGAUUUAAUGUCCCCCCUCAAAAAAUCACCUGUUAAUUGUCUAUCCUGCUUUUAAAUCUGAAAUUUACUUUGAAUUCUCACUUUAUUAAAGGACCACUAUUGUGCCAGGAAAAUAAACUCGUUUUCCUUUCAUUAUAGUGUUUAUAGGUCCCCCCCCACCCUCAUGGCCUCCCUCCCGCCGGGCUCAAGAGGGGUAAGCCGUUAAACACUUACCUUUCUCCAACGCCGGGCUCCCUCAUAUAAAAAAUCCUGUAUAUAUUGUUAUAAAUCAUUGAGGGAUCACAUAAGCUUAAUUUAACUCUGUUUAUUUCCAGCCUACCUAAUGGAUCCCGAGUGUGCCCAGCUGCUCCCCCAUGUUUGUGCCAUACUAGUUGACAAAAGUUUACUUGUGUCAGAUGACUCCAUCUUUCAGAAAUUACAGGACUGGUUCAAGUCUUUGGCUAAAACAGGUAACUCCUACAUAAGGGAUCUUUAGUGACAGAUUGUUUGAGGAAAUCCCAUUGUAUCCUGGCAAGACGGUCCUUAAAGGGUUUAAUGCACGAGGGUUGUUCCUGUUAUCUUGGAGAACUUUUUUGUAGGUCCUCAUAUGAUGUGUAAAUGCCGUGCCUGUUUAAAUCACACAGUGCUGAAUUCUUCAUGACAGAACUUCCUAGUCCUUACUUUGUACGCCUUCACUGGGAAAAUGAUUUUUAGGUGUUAUAACACAAAUCUUUGUUUUGUUUACCGUAUAUAUAUUUCCUUCAUUGUCACAUGCUUGUUACUGGUAAAAACACAUUGUAUAAUGGCUAGAUGAGUGCUUGAUAUUUUUUGCAGACCUACUUACUGUCUGUUUUUUAAUGUUUUUUAUCUUUUUGACCUAGUACAAGUUGAUCAGUUAUUGGAAGAGAAUCAAUGUAUCGUAGGAAUACUUGAAAGGGUCUUGAAUAUGGAAUAUAAGGAUAAUAAUCUCUAUGCAUUUACAAUGAGACUGACUGGAAUUUUGGCAGCCUCUGAAGAGGGCUUUGAGUUUUUGCAGGUAAGUAAACGUGGAUAAGAGGUCUUUUAGGCAUGUAUGUUAUCUUUCUUAUUUUUCUAACCCAUUAUAUGUGUGUGAAGAAAUGCCUAUUUUUGGUUAACAAAAUGGAGUGCUGAUGGAGCGAUCAUGGUGAGACAGGAAAUGUUAGAUGUAGUAAAGGAAUCUCAGUGAAGUCAUUAUGAGGAUUGGAGUUCUUGGUCGCCUUUUUAGUUUACUGGGUUAAACAGUUUUUGAAUGACAGGCCUCCGUUUGUACUACCUCAGUCAUUCUCCACGCUGUCCGUAACUCUUCACACAUAAAGCAUUUUAGAAAGAUAAUGUACUUUAGGGGUCUGGAGUGUCUCUUUAGGGUCUUUAGGAGUGUUACAUUAAUACUCACUACUCCAGAGCGCCAGCAUUGCAGUAACACACUGCUCCUUGUAUACAAUAUAAAAAAAAAAAUAUGUAGGUAAGAGACAGAAGUAUUUCGGGCUUUGUAUGUUUUUGUUUGUUAAGCAUUUGAUUGUUUUUUGGUUUUUUUCAUGGCAAAUACAGAAAAUAUGUUAACAUAAAUUACUCCUGUGAUUAAACUGUGCAAAUCCCAUGCCAACUCUUGUUAAAUUCAAAUCCCAUGCCAACUCUUGUUAAAUCUAAGUGCAGUGACUAAGCCCUAAGCUGAUUUGAUUAUGGUAUCAUUCUCUGUUCUAGAGGAAAAAUAUUGUGGAAGAUUAUUUUGGAGCAUUUACAUUGACCAGUUUGAUCUGGGAGAACAUUAAUGUGAAAAUGGCCUGGAUUGACGGGUUGCUUGAUAUGAUCCAGCACAAAAUCGCACUUCACUUUUUGCAGACGAUUGGUGAGUACAGUGAUGUAUGAAAUGGGUUUUAUUGGCCUUCAUAAAAAAAAAAAGUGACUGACAAAAGACAGGAAGACACAGUGGCGGAACUACCACAGUCGCAGGGGUCGCAGAUGCGACCGGGCCCGUCACUAUAGGGGGCCCGGCUGCCCUGCUAAUCCCUGCAACCGUGGCCCGCAGAGAGAAGAACUGUGACAGGGGGCCCACCUAGGGCACCACCAAAUCGCCGCAUGGACUGCGAGGCAGUGUAGGCACCUGCUUACCUUGAUGGCAGGUGCCUACUCUGCCGAUAUGUACCGAGGGGAGGACAGGAGACAGACAGCAUUCGACGGUGGCAAGGGAGCACUGAUCUGACAGUUCCUUUCUCCUCCCUCGUGCGCCCUCUGUGAUGCCAGGAGCUGGAAUAUGAUGUCAUUCUGGUCCCGGUUUACUAAACAGCCUGCAGGAGUAGAAAGAAACUGUCACAGCACAGGCCAAUUGAAAGGACCCAGACCAGCUCUACCAAAGGUAGGGAGGCUGGAUGGGCCUAAAAAAAGUCAAAUUAAUUUGUGAGAGUGUGUGUGUGCGUGUGUCUGGCAGUGUAUUUGUGGCUGUUAGUGUGUGUAUGGGUCUGUGUCUGUCAGUGUAUGUGUGUCUGUUAGUGUGUCUCUAUGUCUCUCAGUGUGUGUCUGUGUCUGUCAGUGAAUGUGUCUGUCAGCGUAUGUGUGGCUGUUAGUGUGUGUCUGUCAGUGUGUGUGUCUGUCACACACGUGGGUGGGAGAGACACGUGGAGGGGCUGGGGGGGUGAAUGAGGCACAUGGAGGGGUUGUGGGGUGACAGAGGCACAUAUGGAGGUGGGAGAGACAUGUAGGGACUGGGAGCUGGAGGGUUGGAGAGACACAUGGAGGAGCUGGGGGGGGGGGACCCAGGGCAAUCUUCACACUGGGGCCUGGUGGUUUCUAGUUACGCCUGUGGGAAGACACCAUUAAAGUCAUCAACACAGUUUAUUUCCAGAUGUAUUUAAAACUUGCAAAUAAACCAUGACUAGUACAAAAUAUUAUUUGUGAGAUAUUUACGUAGACACGACUUAAAGGGUUACACCAACCACCAUGACCACUUCAGCUUUUAGAAGUGGUCAUGGUAGUAGAAGUUUGUAUGUGCAGCAUUUCAACUUGACAUACUGCACAUCCAGAGAUAUUUGGACUUAUGUGCCAGGAGCUAGUUACACCCCCAACAAACAUGACUGCCAUUAGCAUGCACUGGCGACAGACAAGGUCAGAUUCUCUCCGUGCAGGUGAAGCUUGCUCUGCUGUGGAGAGGAGCGGUGGGAGGUUUUCCCGUCUAUGGAUUUUAGGUAAGUUUAACAAUUACAAUCAUGUAUUUCAUGGCGGAGGGACCUAACGAGUAAUGCCUAAUAGGGCAACCUAAAUUAAAUUAAAAUAUUAUUUUGAAAGGGUUGGAGUAGGCCAUUAAGCUGUAUUCGAUUUUACUUUUCGCUCAUUAAAUGUGAUUAGGAAUGAGAUGUGCAGGAAACAAUUUCUUAUAUCUGGGGAAAAAAAUGCACGGUGUUUUAUGAAAAUUGCAAAAAGAAAUGUUUUGCAUGUAUCUCUCUUUCUUUCAUUUUCCUCCUAUUAGGAGGCAUGCAGGUGAUGAUAAACCUACAGAAGGACAGCAGCAUGUUUGUUGCCUGUGCAGCCAAUAACCUAAUGGCUCACGCUUUCAUUACCAGUACCAAGAUAGAUGGGGAGCCAGGCAUGGCCAAUAUAACUGAUCUGUCAGACAAUGCGUGCUUGUUACUGAGUCAUCUGGUGCAAUCGCUCAGUUCUGGCUGUCCUUCCAUUACAAGCCAAGCAAUGAAAACGCUGGCGGUGAUUUUUAAAGGCUGCACGGAUGUAUUGGCUGAAAUUGUGUGGUGGGACAUUAUGAACAGUAUCAAUUCUCUCCUGGACCAGAAUCCUGUCCGGAAUGUUGUUAAUUUAGAAGAGAUGCUCCUUACUGCAAUCAGGUAAGUAGGAAAAGUAGGGCAGGACAAGAACAUGGUUUGCUUUGUAGUUACAACCUUUUGUCUAUACUGUAUAAAGCUUUUUUAGAUAGAAGCUGGCCAGUUACUAUUAAUACAAUUUUGCUCCGGAGCUUAAAACUUCCAUGAGAGCUGGACAACUUCCUGACAUCUCUCCAGCCAGGUGGAACCUAUGUUUGCUUGGAGGAAGACAUUACUGGUUUAUUCAACCCAAUUAAUGGUUAAUUCAACAUUACUUUGACGUCUGCCACCACAGCUGCCAAAAUUGAGACUCUGAAAUCGUUCUAGUUCUUUGGGUGUUUCCAGUUUUUUUAUGGGAGUAGACAGACUGUUUAUUCAUAAAGUUCAAUAAAAAAAAGUGUGUGUGUGUAUAUAUAUAUAUAAAAAUCACAAUAGUUUCUGGCACUCAUCCCAUAGCAAAAGCAUUAAUUCAGCAAUGACCAGGUGCCUCUCUGUGCAAAAUAUACAAAUGGAACAAAUUGAGAGCACUCAUUGGAUUUAGUAAACAAAAAAAUAUAUUAAAUCAAACGCAUAUAAAUCAACAUUUCAGCUUACUACUCUCUUGUCAGUUCACCACACAUUUCAUUUGUCCGUUUCACAUACAUCUCCAGCAGCAUAGGCGUGCGCACGGGGUGUGCCGGGUGUGCCUGGGCACACCCUAAUCCCCGCGCACGCCUAUGUAUAUUGAGACCGGCAGGGGAGAUCUCAGGAUCUCCCCUGUCGGCUCAUGCAGAGCCGACGCUAUCCGAGCGCCAGCUCUGCUCUCAGCCUCCCUCCCCACUGACCCACAUGCAGGGAGGGAGGCAAGAGAGGACCGGCGGAGCUAUUGCCGGCAGCUCCGCCGGGUUCCUCUCGCGAGAUAUGAGCGUUGCCACGGCAACGCUCAAAUCUCGCGAGAGUGAACUCUAGCCCCACAGAGGGCUAGAGUUCACUCUCCACUGGACCACCAGGGAUCACAGCAGCAAGGAUCCCCUCCUCCACUGGACCACCAGGGAAGGAAGCAGCAGCACGAUCCCCCCUCCCUACAAAAGGUAAGAAGGGAGGGGGGAGAGCAAAUAAUGUACCCCCACAAUCACCCACCCACACACAUACAGCACCCACACACAUUCAGCACCCACAGACAUACACAGCACCCACAGACAUACACAGCACCCACAGACAUACACAGCACCCACAGACAUACAGCACCCACAGACAUACACACAGCACCCACAGACAUACACACAGCACCCACAGACAUCAGCACCCACACACAUUCAGCACCCACAGACAUACACACAGCACCCACAGACAUACACAGCACCCACACACAUACACAGCACCCACACACAUACACAGCACCCACACACAUACACAGCACCCACACACAUAGCACACAACAUACACAGCACCCACACACAUACACAGCACAGACCACAGCCCACACACAUACACAGCACCCACACACAUACAGCACCCACAGACAUACACAGCACCCACACACAUUCAGCACCCACAAACAUACACAGCACCCGCAGACAUACACAGCACCCGCAGACAUACACAGCACCCACAGACAUACACAGCACCAACAGACAUACACAGCACCCACACACAUACAGCACCCACAGACACACACAGCACUCACAGACAUACACAGCACCCACACACAUACAGCACCCACAGACAUACACAGCACCAACACACAUACAGCACCCACACACACAUACAGUACCCUCACAAACACACACAGCACCCUCACACACAGCACACAAACAGCACCCUCACACACACACAGCACACUAACAGUACCCUCACAAACACAAACAGGACGCUAACAAACACACACACAGCACACUACCAGUACCCUCACACACAAACAGCACCCUCACACACAAUACAUUAACAGCACCCUCACAAGCGCACACACACACAAACAGCACCCUCACACACAGUACAUUAACAGCAUCCUCACAAGCACGCACACACAAACACCCUCACCCACACAGCACACUACCAGCAUCGUCACACACACAUCACACUAACAGCACCCUCACACAGCACACACACACACACACACACACAGCAGUGUGUGUAUGUGUGUAUAUAUGUAUAUAUAUAUAUAUAUACAUACAUACAUAUAUAUAUGCGGCGUGUGCUUGUGCUUUAGGGUGCACACCCUAAUGCAAUAGGCUGCGCACGCCUAUGUCCAGCAGCACACAUUUUUUAUUCUUGUUACAUAUUUAGUCCAUUCAGAUCACAUAGACUUUUUGAUACAGUUCUUCUUUUUUCCAUUUCAUACACUAUCGUACAUCUCACACAUUUGACUUCUUUGCAAUGCUCCACACAUUCACUGAGCUUUUUUUCAUUUGUCUAAUUUUUUUUUUUUUCCUCCUCUUCUCUUUAUUCAGCAUGCAUACACACAUUAACCUGUUCUGGUUAACCUUUGGCUAACCCGUUUUCAUUCAUACUGCUGUCUUUAACAUUCCACACUCAUAUACAUUUAAGACCAUGUAAUCAGACUUUAUUUCUUUUUCCUCCAUACAUGCUUUUAAUUUUACUCCGAUUUUUUUCUCUUUUAAAACAACUUUGCCGUUUCUAGGCAACACUUGGUGGCUGUGCUUUAUGUCACUUUUCGGCAGUAUGCUUGACAGUCCUCUGUUUGCGGCUCUAUUCACAGAGCAGACCGGACAAACAGGGUGCACUUGGUGAUUGGGUAAGUUUAACACAUUAGAUUGUAUAUAUUUGAGAUUUUCACAUGUCAUAGCAUCUUGAUAAAGACCGCUAGACGGUCGAAAAGUUGAUUUAUAUGCGUUUGAUUUAAUAUAUUUUUUUGUUUACUAAAUCCAAUGAGUGCUCUCAAUUUGUUCCAUUUUUAUAUAUAUAUAUAUAUAUAUAUAUAUAUAUAUAUAUAUUGCAAUACAUACCAUCCAGACUUAUUUUUUUUAAUUAAGCUACAAUGAUUCUCGGCUUAGAUGACUGUUAAAGGAACACUAAAGUGUUAGGAAUAGAAACCUGUUAUAUAGGUGUCUCAACCACUCCCUCCCGUGUUUGCAGUAAAAAUAAUAAAAUAAAGGGUUUUACUUAUCUUUUUUAUUUUUUUAAUUUAUUCUUUAUUUAUCACUCGAUAAGAAUAACAAGUGUACAAUGAACUUUUGGGCUUACACAGAAGCCAACAUAAGUAAUAUUUAUGGAAAAACAUAAUGCGCUUCAGGUGAACCACGUGAUACAAAUUCUUAAAUCCUUUGAGACAUGUCUCCCAUCGAGGGUUUUUGUAUUUUUAAACAGGCAUUCAAACAAACAUAAGGAGCCCCAUCAUAACAACUGCUCAUUAGCCCUUGGGUUUACUUAUUCCUCCAUUAUUUUGAUCAUGCCUGGGAUAAAUUGAAGAAAAACAAAAACAUGGAAAGAAAUGAUAGAGAGUUCAACGGAGGAAAAUAGAGAUAAAAUAUAGCCUCAGGAGGAGGUAAAGCGAAGGUACAAUCUCUUGGUUUCCAUGGCGAUUGCCCAACAUGUAAAAAUUCGACCCACCAUUGUUCUUUACGUAUCAACGCAGGUGUCUGGAAAAUGUUACUCCCUUUAACUCUUAUUAUAAUGAUUUAGGAAAUAUGGAAGUAUCUUACGCACAGGUUAUGUUGUGUUUUUCUUUCCUGAUAGGAUUCCUGUCUUUCAAAAUCCAAAUUGCAACCUGUGGGUCACUGUGAAAAAAGCACUUAAAAAUAUGCAUAUGACUCAGUCUAUUUCUCUUGCCGCUGAAAUCUUAAAGCUGGGUAACUGGUGGGUAUUUCCUUUGAAUAGUUUCCAUAUUCCCUGUCUGUUCUCAUUCAUUUUAUAUAUUUAUUAAGGUUUUAGGAGAAUUUGAGCUGAAUAGCAAACAUGUUCUACUUGUAUUCCCUGUGAUCCUGUUGAAUAAAAAAAUUAAAAUACAUUUGUAGACCCAUCUCCUCACUGAACGAUGACCUGACCAGUCAUCACAGAAAAGUCCCAAGUAAAGAGUAUGAAAAUUAAGGAAUAAUAUAUAUCUCUUUAUUUUAAUAAAAAGUAAUAAUCUGAAGGACAAUGUAUUCAUUAAAGAGCUUUGAAAAGCUUUAUGUGAGAAGUGUGUCCUUUUUUGUUUUCAUUGUGAAGAAAGUGCAGAUUUCAACAGAAAUUGACACUUUUUAAAAUUUUAACCCGGCUACACCCCCGCUUCCUCCCCUGCAAGGGGAAGUCUGUGAUUGGACGGUCGCAUAAAUUAUGGGCGGGGUUAGAAGAGGAGGGCUUGCAACGACUUCAGAUAAGAGAUCUGCAGCUUUUGCAAACCGUUUUUAGAAAAAUCCCAAUUAAAAAGUGCAUGAAUGUUUUGGGGUAUAACUACUAAACAGUGAUUUUUACAUAUUUUUUAUUUGAGCAGUGGCGUGUCUCUGAAUAAUGCUAUAUCCUAAAGUGUUUGUUUCUUGAAAAUAGUUUUUUAAAAUUCUUGUUUUGUCCAGUCCACAGGAUGUCAAUCUGCAAGCAAUGUCUGUCUUUCUUUAUCCAUUUCAUUAUAUAUUGAAAAGGUCUGCUACUCACUGCGAACAUCCAGGUAUAAUGCAAUGUUCUUUCUAAAUAUUCCUGUUUGAUAUGUAAGAACCUCGUAACCCUUUGGAUAUGCAUUAUGAGUUGUACUUAAUAUGCUUUUGUUCUGCUGUCCAGAUAGAGGUAACUGCAUGAUAUCUACAUUCAUAGACAUUGUAACCUCUCUAUCCACAUGUCUAUUUGAGGUGAUAAAUGAAAGUGGGGAAAAAAAGUGAAUUUAUAAUAUGCUGUUAUUUUUGUUGUUGCAAAGUUCUAAAAGUGGAGCAAGCAAUAGAAAUAUUCUGCUUAGGUAAGGUUUUAGUCUGUAAAAAAGUUACCACUGGAAAGAAAAAAAAAUGAAGAAAAAUGUGUAUAUAUAUAUUUAUAAAUUUUUUUUUUUUUUUAAUCGAAAAAUAAGCAGUCAGAUUGAUCUUUGGAACAACAAACAUGUUACCCUACAUAUUAACUAUUAUAUCCUUGAAUAUUUUCUAAAGAAGCAUCCAUGUGUUGUUUAAAUCUGUUGGCACUAUAUAAAUGGCAAUAAUAAUAACAAUAAUAAAGCGGAUCUGUUUCUUCAGGGUGUUUUACAUAUUUGGCAAAUACCCCCAAGGCGACAUCUCCAGUGCGGUUCUGGUGGCCUUGGAGUGCAGUGGAACAUUUUUAAAAAAAUUUUUUAUAGCUGAAGCUUUUCCUCGCGGCCAUUGCAUCUUCCUCCUGGAGAUCUUUUUCGGCUCGAGGAGAAAUAAAAAACAACAACUUUUUUCUGUUUCAGUCAGGGACUGCAUACUAAAAAUCUACAAUGAUCAAAGUCUAAAAAUCUAAUCUAAUCUAUACCUGAAAGGGGAUCUGCUACCCAUAGGAGAGCUUAUCAUCAAUGUGGUUUUAUUUUUUUUGUAAAUGACCGUUCUACAUAAAAAAUGGAUAUAAUCAUCAAAUUUUACAUAACGUCACCAAAGACCACAAAGAAUACAUAAUCCAAGCUUAAAAAGUAGAGAAAAAUUAAAUAACCAAACCAUUACUAUUUGACAAACAUUUAUAUUCUGAGCCCUACAUAUUCUUUUUUUUUUUUUUUUUUAUAAUAGGUGUGGAGAAUAACCCAUUGUAUGAGCCAGUAGACGCGGAGUACGUUAUGGCCAUGAAAUCGUCUUGUAUUCCUGUGCUUGGCUUGUGUCUUCGUCAGGUCAGGGAGCUCUGUGAAAUGGUAAUGUAUUUUAAUGUAGUUAUUCAUGUCUGCCACAAUUUACACUGAGUCCACUGUAGCAAUGUGUUCUGUUCUCUGUUUCUAAUAAUGAGCUAAUUUAGAGAUUGUAUUAUAAGGUUAUUUUCCAUAACCUUUAAUUUCUUCUAGGGGUCUUGUGUUCUAUAUAUAUAUAUAUAUAUAUAUAUAUGUAUGUAAAAAUCAAUAAAGUGGAGCACUGCAAAAGUUUAUACCUUAUGAAAAGAUAUUCUUCUCGUGUGUAUAACAUAUGACAAAUCAAAAGAUAAUAAAAAAACAAAUAUAGUGUAGCGUUUUAAACUCAAAAAUGUUACAGAAAGUGAAUAUAAUACACUCACAUUAAAGGAGCCAUUUAGUAAUCCUGGCUCCAAGUAUUUAAGCAAGGAGUGUUUUUAGGUUAACACUCUCAACCUUCUUAUCAAUGUAACUCUCAAUCCUCACCAUGUGGAAUUAGGUAUGCAUAGGGAAAGAAAAAUACACAUAGGGCAUAUUGCAGGAAAGAAUAAUCUUGGAUAUAUAUGAAUAACACUUACAGAGCCUAGUAAUCCUGGCUCUAAGGUAUGUUGGCACUGUACCAAUAUGGGAGGUACUACCCGCAAGUGGCUGCACAAUGACAGAGAAGCCAGAUGAGGAAUGAGGAAAAUGUGAAACAAAAUACUAAAACAAUUUUAAAAACAAAUAAAAUAUGUGUAACACUCCUCCAUCCAGCAAUCCCCUCCGACGCGUUUCGCUUCCACUGUUUUUACCACAAGCUUUUUCAAUCGGUAUGACGCCUAUCUUGACAAUGCUGUAUUUAUUUCCUGAUUCACCAUGUGGAUUCCCUUUCUAGGGGCAAUCAUUAUGAAGUCCCUUACAUACCCCUGAUGGGUGCAAAUAUUUAAUGCCUCCCGUUAGUCAGGGGGAUAAGGAAAACACUUCCUAAGGGUGUAGUGCUAAAACAGCUUGUCCGUUAUCAUAAAGAUCCACUUAAUGUUCGAUACAGUCUUAGUUUGCUAUUCCUUUUGCCACAUUGAAUAAAUUAGUUUGUAUCAUAGAUCCUACACAUUGGUUACACUUUACGAAUAUAUUGAACAGUGUCUUAAAAUAUUGCAGAGUCCCAUAAUAACAUAUGGAAAUAGGGGAAACAAAGAAUAACAAUAUAUAUGCUACGCAAACCGAUAUCAUUAUACAAAAUAAUAUUUCACUAUUAAAGAGAACAAUACUAAAUCAAUACAUAUACAUUUGCAGAAUCUUAUUUAUAUACUUUUUAUUAUUUAAAGGGACAGUCUUAACUAUUUUACUUAAAUAUCACCUAUAAUAUAUAUGCAUUGAAAUAUCCCUAGUGACAAGUGGAAUGGAAUGAAAUAAAUUAAAAUAGGAGUAUAUGAAUACAAUUAUGUAAUUUAAAGGGCCAUUACUAAGUUAAUUUCAACCUAUAUAACAAAUGAACAAGACUUGAUUUCAUGGCAGUAAGUUAUAAGAUCGUCUAAGUCGCCCACUGCACACAUUAACACCUGCUUGUUGAUGUAUUUUAUUUUUUACCUGCAGAACAGUAUCAAAGUGGAGAUGCCUCACCGGCCUGUGCUGAAUUCCAUUGUGACAUUACUGCAGUUCUGCAUCGGUCAAGCAGCCAGCGAAUUAUCUUCAGGGUUGAGUUUCAGCAAGAAAAUGAUUGGUUGCCUACGAGUGCAAAAGGCAGCGUUGGAUGCCAUCCAAGCUCUUUCACAUUGGACAAGUGAGGGGAAAAAAUGAUAAAUCAGACCCCUAGUGCCAUGUAUACAGGAUACUGUUUGUUAUCAGCACUGAAAUAAUAGAAUUCAAGAGAAAGACACUUGGUGACCAAUUUGGUUCCUGGUAUUUUUGCUUAGUAAUGGUUGCUACACAAAAAUGGUAUUUACUUGGGAACCCAGUUAGUCACCAUGUCCAUGCGUACUUUGCCCUGAUUUGUUUAGUGAGCUAAGGAUUAUACACAUAUGGGAUUGGGGUGCAGUAUAGAAAUCCUGCCCACUUUUCUUAAACAUACAUAAAAUAAUCAUUAAAUUACAACUACAGAUAUAUAAUCUAGUUAUAUUUAAUGGCAUAUGGAAAAAAAAAAAGUUUAAUUUGCUAGAUUUUCCCUGACAACUAACCAUAUACUGCUCUUUCUUCUUAAUUAGUGAAUAAAGAGUCCCUAGAACAAACAUACAAUGUGCUGUUUGCCUAUCUCGAGAAUAGUGGCUCGGAUGUAACGGUAAGAAUAAGUCUGUCUUUUGCACACAGUUCUAUUUCUAUAUGUGCAGCCUGGUACAGUGUACUUCUCUCGUGUCUACAUGUUGGUGUUGAUGACUGUGCUUGCAAAUCUAGUAACCAUGGGCUAUAGCAUAAUUUAAGUACUGAAAACUAAUAUGCUAAAGUCAGUGAACAUGCUUUCUAAUAGCCAAGACCUAAUACUAUGGCUCUGUUACACCAGGCACUGUAUAUUUAGGAAUGCAUCUGGUAAACAGUUAUUCAUGUUAUGUAGGGUUGUUGUUGUUGCAUCACGUUAACUCUUUUUUAGCCAAAAGGAAUUUGGGAGUCAUUGUGACGGGGAAUAUACCUUAUAACUAUACACAGGAAUCCCCAAAAAUACAUCAGGAAGAAAUCAUAGAAAAAAACGCAUAUUUAUUGAAGUAUAAAAUGAAAAUACAUAUGGCAUGAUACUAGAACAGCAGUCUUCGUGUAUGCUAUAUUGGUCCAAGCAUGUAAAAUUGAAAAAAAAAGGUUGUAAGUGAAGAAAGUAUAAAAAGUCCAAAACCUGAGCAUAGGACCACCCGCAGCUGCUGUACAGUGGGGAGACCACCAAAGGAGCCGACCCUAAAGAAAGAUUAGAGAAGCCCCACUCCGGGUGCUUUCUCAACUUUCUGCCGUUUUACCAUACCUUAUAACCAUCCCUCUGUUCUAGGAGCUCACACUUUUUUGUUAGUACAAUUAAAUCACAUCGCUCCACAGUCAUAAAUGCUGCUACUACAGUAAAUGUGUUAAAAGGACUUUCCUGGCAUUCUCUGCUCAACAACACAACUGAAGUGCAUUUGAUCGAUUUUGGCCACAUAUUCAUGCUUUUUUUUUUUUUUUAUCUCAUCAGUGUUGAUAUACAAAGAAAGAAAAAGGUUUUGCAGCUUUCUGCAACUUAACCCUGCAACUUUAGCCAUGCAGUAGUCGUACAUAUAGGUAAUAUAGAAUGAUUGAUAUACCCAUGGCACAGUAAAUAACUCUGCAGCAUUGCUAUGUCUAGCACAUGUCCUACUGCAGUGUAUAACUUAAAAUGUGCGUUCUUAAAGGAGCCAUGUAUCUUUCACACAUCAGUAUCAUGUAUUGAAUCCUUUUGUAUACCUGUUAGUAACUUUUUAACCAAUAUUUUUUGCCACUUAGAUUAUAAAGAAGACUCUCCAGGCCUUAUUGAAAUGGCUGCGGGUGUCUUCAGAGCCAGAACACAAUGAGUCCUGGGAGCACAGCAUUAUUUUUCUAAACAGUAUGUAGUUCCUUUGUAUUCACUAUGAUAUGUAGGAUCAUUUUCUUCUACUAUAAAUUUUUAUUGUUAUUUUUUUUUUCUAAUGGAAUAAGCAGUAUGUAGAAAAUAGUUCUAUAUGUUAGCAGCUCAGUGGUUUAGCUUUACGAGGGUGAAUGUAACCUAUAAGGAGAGCGUUUGAUAAUCUCUGUUAUAGAAAAGAGCUGAGAUCUUGAUUAUUGAUAAAUAAAAAGGGCUAUGGUGAGUUCUAAAGGGAGGCCUAUGAGGCACUAUAGCGUUAGGAAUACAAACCUCUGUCCGUGCAUCUUUAUAAUUACCCCCCCUUCACAUGCAAAAAAUUAAGAAAAAAAGGUUUAACUAACCUUUUUUCCAGCGCCUUAUGCACUUCGUACUGCUGCCCACUUUGAUUUCCAUGACGUCACAGUGGGAGGCAUUACGUCUGGGAUUCCUCUCCAAUCUAAUACUCCCCAGAGAGGAGCAUUGGGGUCAAGGUGGCGUGAGUGGAAGCCUAAUCAAAUGCUUCUCAUAGGAGAGCAUUGAAUUCAAUGCUUUCCUAUAAGCUGCGUUUAAUCACAUGGCCAAGUUUCACUUGAUCUUUGCUGUGGAAUGACCUCUAGUGGCUGUUUGUGAGCCACUAGAGGUGUGUUAACCCUGCAAUGCAAACAUUGCCAUCUCUAAAAAAACUGUUACAGGACCACAAAAGUCACCCAGACCAUUUCAUCUCAAUUAAGUGUUCUGAGUGCAGUGGCCCUGUAGUUUUAACCCUACAAUGUAAAACACUGCAGGGUUAAAACUACAGUGCCACUGCACCCAGAACACUUCAUUGAGAUGAAAUGGUCUGGGUGACCUUUGUGGUCCUUUAACAGUGAGCCCCAAUUUUCAUCAAUUUUGUCACCCUUCGGAGACAGGUGCAUUUAUAUGAUAAGUAGCUCUUUGAGAGUCUACGCAUGGGGGCAGGAGUCAAACUGUUUUGGAGUGUGCUAGGACUGCUUCCUACUUUUUUCACUAUUUCAGACAGGUUUCUGCCGGAGCUAAGCCCAGUGGUGCAGCGCUUAGCUCAUUGGAUGAAAGUGAUCAAUUGAUUCUCUCUACCAAUGCGCUAACCAUGCAUUGCAUGUUGUAGCCCAGGGGCACUAACAGAAUCUUUAACUUAGGAGCUUCUCACUCUCCAUGAGAAGUAUUGGAGGCCAGGAGCGGUGUCUGGCAAACAUCAGAUAAGAAGUAGAACUAUUCCUUACAAUAAGGGGGGGGAGGUGUCGAGGGGACUCCUGGUACCAUAACCACUACAGAACACCAAAGUACUGAGCUGCUGAAAUGUCAAUUUUUGGAGAUAGAAUAAUGUCAAGAGUAAUUUUCUUAUAAGGGGGUGAGUGAAAAAGAAAGGUGACAGUGGUGAUGGAGAAAGAUAAAUGUAUUGCGAUAACAUAACAAACUUAAUGUGCAAUCUGUCAGGAUGAAAGAUUUCAGAAGCUGAUAAAAAGAUGUGCAAAUAUUGUACAUCUAAUUAUCGUAAUCCAGAAAAUAGUUCCAAUGGAGGCACAUGCAAACUAUCUUUAUGUGUACCCCAUGGUCAGAUCCCCUUGUGUAUCUCCUCCCUGAAAGUAGGAGGUUCCUUCCAGAGGGAUCAAGACAUUUGCAGCACUGAGCAAUACCUUAGGUGUUCAUUUUUUAAAUGUUUUUAGAGCUAGUGUAUUGUGAAAAAGGAGAACAAGGGGAGGUGUAAUGGGAGGGGGAUUGUUAAGUAGAAUGAGUUCCAUUUGUGUUGUCUGCAUGAUCUCUUUAACCCCUCAAGGACCUGUCAUGAUUCCCUUUUAUUCCAGAAGUUUGGUCCUUAAGGGGUUAAAGGCAAGAAAGUUGUUGUUUUUUACAGUUUUGUAUAAACAGUUUUGUAAGCCUACUUAUAUUUUCUUCUACUCUCCUGGUUAAUAAAAUAAUUUCUUUAUCAUAUUAAAAAUAAAUUGUGGAUUUAUUUUCCAGCCCUGUGGCCUUUAAUAGUAAAACGCCUUUGCAGCCCAAACUGGGAACACCGUGACACAAUGCUAGAAUUUGCUGCAGAACUUGUAGACACCCUCCAAGGUAACUCAUGUUUAAUAUUAAAAUUAGCUUUGAUAAAUACUGUUACACAAAUUUCUGUUGUCAUUCUCCUUAAAGGAACACUCCAAGAACCAUAACUACUGCAACCCACUGUAAGAUAUCAAAUGUUUUUCAUGUUGUGACCAAGUGUACUCUUCAGCCUAAAUUGGUAGAAAACAUUCCUAAGCCUGUUUCAUAAGAGUUCUAUACCUGCUUGCCGCUUCGCUUAUAUGAAACAAACUGUAUUAUCUAAUUUUAAUUCUUUGUUGUACUUUUAUAGACCAAGAGAGUUUCAAACAAGCUAUUAGUGCUUCAGGUGUUCCUCAACUGGUCUUGGAUCUGCUAAAGGAUCCAGAGAGUUAUGUUCGAUCAAGUGCUGUGAGCUGCUUGGGAAGGCUAGUUACUAUUGAUAACCUGCACCUAAGAUUGGAAGACGCAAUGUCUACAGAAACAUUGAAAAGAGAGGUAACUGUUAAACACUUACACGUGUAAUCUUUAUUUUCAGCUAUAGCUUGCUCUUCCUGGUAACAUCAUACAUUAUAAUGGCACCAUGUAUACUCCAAAAAGGUAACAUAUACAAAAUGACCUAUGUAUGCCAUGCCUCGGUACUCCCUUUCCUUUUGCAAAAGUGUUAUUCUUACUUUGACAGAAUUCAAAUUCUAAAAUAAAAUUUAAAAAGUGAGAAAAAAUGUAAGUGAUGCACCAUUUAAAGGAACACUAUAGGGUCAGGGACACAAACAUGUAUUCCUCACCCUGUAGUGUUAAAACAGCCAUUUAGGUGGCUUGCCAUCCCCCCCCCCCCCUAGAAGGGGUUAAAACUUACCUUAUUUCCAGUGCUGGUAAAGGUCCGCCAGCGCUGACCCGAUCGCGAUCCGCCUCCUUGGUGACAUCAUACGAAUUACUGUUUUUAGCCAAUCCAAUGCUUUCCAUAGGGAAAGCAUUGGAUUGGCUGAAAUCAGGAAGGAGGUGGGGUGGGGCCAAACACCGUUUUGGCCAAUCAGCACUUCCUUAUUGAAUCAAUACAUCUCUAUGAGGAAAAUUCAGCGUCUCCAUGCAGAGGGUGGAGAUGCUGAAUGGCAGUGCUGCUCACUGUGCACCACUGCCCCAGGAAGCACCUCCAGUGGCCACCUGACAAGUGGUCACAGGAGGUAUCCCUAGUGGACAAUGUAAACACUGCCUUUUCUAUGAAAAGGCAGUGAUGGCAUGAAAAUGACUGGGGGUAAUGAUUAUACUCACCAGAAUAACUACAUUAAGCUGUAGUUGUUCUGGUGACAAUAGUAACCAUUUACAUAUUUAUAAGACUACAUCCUUAAGGAACAGCGAUGGAAUAAUUCCAUACCAACCUUCAACGAUUCUAUAGAAGAAUCAAAUGUCUUACUCAUUUAAUGGUGUUGUGGCACUGUUGUGAAAACUUUUAUUUAUAUAAACAGGGCAUUUCAUACUGGCAUAGGGUUUUAGGAUUAACCUUGAGAUUACAGCAUGAAAUAUUGGUUCUAAAUGUGUAAAAGUGAGGUUCUCCAAAACUAUAACGUAUUGACCAAUUGCCCCCCUUUUGGUUGUUUCUAAGCUAGUUUUGUUCUCUUACUACUCUAACCAUACUUACAUUAAUCCUAUCCUUAUCCGCAUAUGUAACCACAUCCUUUUAAUUUAAAAGCAAACUACUGGUACAAAAAGGUUUAUUCCUUUAGUUACUAAUUACGCUUUGUAUUGUUUAUUUUUUCCCCUCCAUAUAUCUUAACAGAUCCUUGUGCCAAACUUCCUGAAUAUUUUAUCUGAAGAUACCGAUGCUUUUCCCAGAAGAGCUGUAAUGAAGGUAUUUGUUGAAUGGCAAAAGUUGGACUAUAUCCAGACCUUUCAUGAACCAGAGAAGCUGCUUUUCAGGAUCCUGCAUGUGGCAAAGGAAGACUGUGACUGGGAGGUGAAAGUUAAUGCUCUUGAACUGGCCAAUAUCUUUGUAGAUAAAACAUUUGAAACACGUGUUGCUAACAGUUGUCCGUACACAGUAGGGUUACCUACUAACACAAGAGUGUCUGGAAUAUCUGAAAUGGUUAAAAGAUGUGAUCAAGUAGGGCUUUUUCCAUGUCUGUUGGAUGCCCUUUGUGACUGUGAUAGGAUGGUGGCAUUGAAAGCCUGUGAAAUUCUCUUGUCCUUGAAGUCAAAGUUGGAUGGUAAAGACACUUGCUCCAGUAAUUCAGAACUGAAUGGCAUAGAAUGGCUGGAGGGUAAUUUGAGGAACUGGCGCCUUCAAAGCCAACAUGGAGCACUUACACUUGAUGCACAAGACAAGACCUGGGCAAGAGACAUCCUUAACAAAAUAGAUUUGGUUAGCAUAGAGAGUUCUCUAUCAAUGGGUAGUAGUUAUAGUGACCAAACACCGCAGUCCCUGCUACAGGAUAUUCAAACUGCAUUGUGGGGAGGGGAUGAACAAGAUGCUGAUUGUUAUUAACCUUUGGAUGUCCAACAUCAAUCUUUGUAUUUCUCUAGUCCAAAAGGCAUUUAUAGCUACAGGUGUCACUGCCAGUUUUAAGUCCUUCUAUAUAUACACGUCAUGCAUACACCACAAAUAUGGCCCCUGAAAACGAUGUGUACACACUCUUUGUUUCUUCCUUAAUUAAGUGGCCCAUUCUCACAAUACUUAGUAUGUGGCUAGUUAUAUGGGAUGCCAUGUCAACUGUGGUUACCAUCCUGAAGAAGGUAAAAGCUAGUUUUAGUUAGUUGCAUUUCUAUAAUUUGUCUAUUUUCUGUUUGUGUAUAUAAAAUUGCCUUUUUAUUAUGUAUUUUUGCAAGUACGAUUUUUUUUUUUUUUUAGUUACCAUACUUUCUAUGGUUUGAGGAGAGUAUGAAUAAAUACAUUAAAUAUGACCAAAACUGAUGUUCAUUUAUGAGCAGGUUAUGUAUUCAAGAUGUAAAUAAUACAUUUUACUUUCUUUCAUUGUAAACUCC